AUGGCUUCGCAACUUUCCUCCAACGCAGAGACAGCAGCAGCUGGUGUAUCACUAGCAGAUCUUCCCAAGUCAAAUGUAUUCACGUCAAAGCUCCCACCAGACCCGGGAUUUCCGACACCAGAAGCAUCGCACAGCGCGCAAAGGGAGCGGCUGUAUCCGCGGAUGGUGAAAAAGGCAUUUUUCACUUUCGUCCGUCCCGAGACGACAGAGGAUCCGGAGCUUCUCGGUGUUAGCCCGAGGGCAAUGAAGGAUAUAGGGCUGAAGCCUGGCGAGGAGGAGACGGAUCAGUUCAAGGCUGUGGUCUCAGGAAAUGAGUUCUUUUGGAGUGAAGAACGCGGGGGGGUAUAUCCUUGGGCCCAAUGCUACGGAGGAUGGCAAUUCGGUUCAUGGGCAGGGCAGCUCGGAGAUGGUCGAGCGAUCAGCCUUUUCGAGAGCACCAACCCAAAGACGAGUGUCCGGUACGAGGUACAGAUCAAGGGUGCCGGACGGACACCUUAUUCCCGAUUUGCAGACGGAAAAGCCGUCCUACGGUCCAGCAUCCGCGAAUACAUCGUCUCCGAAGCUCUCUCCGCACUUGGUAUCCCUACCACCCGAGCAUUAUCGCUUACUCUUGCACCAAAGGCAAGAGUCCUGCGAGAGCGCAUUGAGCCAGGCGCAAUUGUGUGUCGUUUCGCCGAAUCCUGGAUUCGUAUUGGGACUUUUGAUCUUCCACACUCACGCGGCGACAGAGACUUGGUGAGAAAGCUAGCAACCUACGUCGCAGAAGAGGUAUUCAAAGGGUGGGAAUCACUACCAGGUGCGGUAUCACCAGCCGAGGGAGUGGAAAAUCCUACUCGAGGUGUCCCAUGGGACAAGGUGGAAGAACACGAAAAAGUGGAAGAGAACCGAUUCGCAAGACUUUACCGAGAGAUUGUGCGUCGCAACGCAAAGACCGUGGCCGCCUGGCAAGCAUAUGGAUUCAUGAACGGCGUGCUCAACACCGACAACACAUCUAUAUAUGGCCUUUCACUGGAUUACGGCCCAUUCGCUUUCAUGGACAACUUUGACCCCCAGUAUACACCCAACCACGACGACCACAUGCUGAGAUACUCCUACAAGAACCAGCCGUCAGUUAUCUGGUGGAAUCUGGUGAGACUCGGCGAAUGCCUAGGAGAACUCAUCGGCGCCGGCAACCAGGUUGACGACGAGACCUUUGUCAACGGAGGCGUGACGGAAGACGCCGCGCCAGCCCUCGUCAAGCGCGCAGAAACCAUCAUCGAGCGCACGGGCGAGGAAUACAAGACUGUUUUCCUCAGCGAGUACAAACGCCUCAUGACCAAGAGACUCGGCCUUCGGACCCAGAAAGAGUCAGACUUUCAAAACCUCUUCUCUGAACUCCUUGAUACACUCGAAGCACUCGAGCUUGAUUUCAACCACUUCUUCCGACGGCUUUCGGGCGUCCCCAUUGCCGACCUCGCUUCAGAAUCCGGUCGAAAGGAGACUGCUUCUAUAUUUUUCCACGCCGAAGGUCCUGGUGGCGUAGGAUACACGGAGGACUCGGCCAGAGAGCGCAUCGCCGACUGGCUCGAGAAAUGGCGUCAGCGCAUCGUCGAAGACUGGGGCAUUGAUAACGGUUCAGAUGCGGACGCCACAAGACAGACAGCCAUGAAAGAGGUCAAUCCAAAGUUCGUUCCUCGCGGCUGGAUUCUCGAUGAGAUUAUCGAUCGCGUCGAACGUCGCGGGGAUCGUGAGAUACUCGCUAGAGUGAUGAAUAUGGUGCUCAACCCGUUCAACGAGGAAUGGGGGCCGAAUAGAGAAGAGGAGGAGCGGUUCUGCGGAGAUGUUCCGAGGUUCCAGAGAGCCAUGAUGUGUAGCUGUAGUUCUUAG